AUGCAACACACCUACAUACACUUCCAUGCAACAAGUUUUCGUAUGCUGCCGUGUCAUUUGUCAGGAGCGAACAUGUCAUGCGCGACGUUGCGUGGUGGUGGUCAGGACAAGAAACACGCCUCCAGUCUAGUUUGCGCCGGCAGGCUGCGGUACCGCGUCGCUGGAUUGGGACCAAGACUUUUCACCAAGGUCGAUCACCCAGCGCCAAGUGACGCGAUUUGUCCCCGCGGGUCUGGGCUUUGCCAAGUGAUUGUAAGAUCCCGAAGCGCAGGCCAAGUCGGGCCUGGCGGCAGGGUUUGUUUACCUACUUAG